AUGGCGAAAGCUUCCCAUACAUUGCAAAAAGGUGCUGUUGUCCAGCACACCGUCAGAGCCUAUAACCUGAAAGGUCAACUGCCUGAAGGGAACAUGGAAUCUUUGGCAACGACCAUUCGUUUCGUCACGCUGAACUACCGAACAUUAUCGAGUGAACUCCAACAAGCCGCUCUAUCCAGACUUCUGCGAUAUCUCUGUGUGCCUUUUGCUGCACUGCAGGAAACACGCAUGAGAGAUCGGCCCGUCAUCAGCAUCAAAAAUUACGCCAUAUAUUGCGGCGAUGCCGAUGUGAACAAAGUAGGUGGCUGCGCGAUAGCUGUGAGGAACGAUUACAAGAAGCUGGUGGAGGAAUUUGGCUCAACGUCGUCUAGAUGUGCCUUCCUACGACUGCGGGAUCGCAGAGGACGUAAACUCUGGAUCGUAAAUGCUCACGCACCUACGGAAACUGCUGAGGACAACAGUAAGGACUCCUUCUAUGAUGAACUCAAUGCGUUGAUGUCUAAAAUACCAAGCCAGCAGGUGGUCAUUGUCGGAAUCGACGCAAAUGCGAAGAUGGGACUCCAACAGCAAUCCGAUGUGCUAGGAAAAUGGUACUAUCCAGCGGAGCGCACGUCGGACAACGGUGACCAUCUGGUCGACUUGUGCGAACAGACGGGCCUCAUCAUCGCUUCCACGUUUAAGAGGAAUCAUCGACGCCAUCAGCUCACGUGGCAGGGGUCAACCCUUUUAACGCCUGAAGAGCAGAGCAAGCGGAAGAUGAGGACUCUUAAGCUUCAGCUCGACUACGUUCUGGUGAGGAACAUUCCUCAGUCAGAUAUCCGAAAAUCUAGAGCUGUUUGGGACGUCGCGUUCGACUCUGACCACCGUCCAGUUCUUCUCAGCUUCAAGAUACGGUUCCACAAGAGAAACCGAGGAGUUCCUCUUCAACCGAAAAUCGACAUGGCAGGUUUGAAAGACGAUGAAAGUAGAAGAAAAUUCCGCCAACGUGUGUCUAUUCAUGUUGGAGUACGGACCAGGAAGAAGCUUAGCGAUGCGGAUUCCUUCACAAAGUGCAUCCAGGACGCUGCAAGGGAAACGCUCCCGGUUCUAUUGCCGCGGAAGAAGUUUGCCUCUGCAUCUGCGGAAACAAAAUCCACAUACAAUUCUGCAUGUGUUGCGCGCAGCACUGGUGACAUCAAUCAGGAAAAGCGUCUUAGAAGGAAACUGCGUCGUCAGCUGCAACAAGACCGCGAUAACGAGUGGGCGUCUAGAGCGAUGGAGUUUGAGAAGGCGUGGGAGGACAGGAACCCGCGGAAAGCCUACGCUCUACUAAAACAGUAUAGCGGCAAAAUGAAAAGAUGUUCCCAUGUCCUCAACACUGCUAAUAUGUUGGUGAAGCAACCCUUCUAA